AGGGAAGAAGCUCUCUGUAUGGCUGUGAUAGUCUCUCAUCCUGGAUACUGCCUUUCUUCUCUGGUUUUGUCCCUUUCACUGGCCACCCUGUGUCCCCAGGAGCAGGCAGCGGUGUAGCGGCACACGGACAAGUUGUUAGCCACGGAGGAAGCUGGGGAUGAAUCAUCCCCAAAAAAGAGCCAUUGAGAUGGCAGUGUGUGCGUCUGCCUGGAGGGAGGAACGCGUCAAGCUUUCUCAAGCAAGCAGCAGCCUGCAGUGUGUGCCUGCUUGAGAGCCAGCCCUCCUCGACUGUGUGUGUGUGUAUAUUCCUGUGUGGGGGUUUGUGUGACGGGUGUGUAUAACGAGUGCUUGUGUACAGUUAAUGUGUGUGUGCGCACUUGCUCGCAAGCCCCUUCCCUUCCUGGAGGAGAGGCUCUCCUUUUCAGCGAACCGCAAGGGCCGUCUUGAGUUUUGCAAGCUGUCAGUCUUCUGGACCUGACGAUGUUUCGUAAGAAGAAAAAGAAGAGGCCAGAGAUCUCAACACCAAAGAACUUUGAGCAUCGGGUGCACACCUCGUUUGACGCCAAGCGGUGCUGCUUUGUGGGCCUGCCGACCCAAUGGCACAGUCUGAUAGAGAACCUCCGUAGGCCCAAGCCUAUGGUGGACCCCUCCCGGAUCACCUCCGUGGAGCUCAAGCCAAAGAAGACCAUCGUGCGUGGGAGUAUGAUCGGUCAUGGAGACUACAUCUCAACCAUGAUCUCCGACAUGAGCAGGUUGUCCGUGACCAGCUCCAACUCCCUGAGGAAGAGCAGCCCUUCGGCCAGGAAAAGGGCCCAGUCCCUGGGCAGGCUGGGGGAGGUGAAGGAGGGGGACACCUACCAGUAUGAAGACCUGGGAGAAGAUGAGCUGGAGCAGCAGCAGUGGAGAGACAGGGCUCAUAACAUCCACAGUGAGAGUGGGACGAGUAUCACCCUACAGCCGAACGGAGUUCUCCCCAGGGCCAAGUCCACCUAUGAAGUGAGCAUCAGCUCUCUGGAGGGACCCCUGGCUCCAUCCCAGCCAAUGCAGGUGCCUAUUAAGGGGGCUUAUAUCAGCUGUGAGGUGGGUAGCCCCACAGAGACACUGAUGGUUAAGAGAGACUUCCAGGUGCCCAGGGUUAUGCCACAAAAACAGAGGCCCAUCUCAUUCUUCUUCAGCCCAGCCAUGGCUGUCCAGCAUACCGACCAUGGGGGUCAUCCCCCUCCGGAGUACAGCACCAACCUCUACAUCCACUCCCACAACAGCCCUGGCAGACCAUACUCCUCCUACGACCUGAAGGAAGAGUCGGCUCUGAGGCACCACCAGUCAGGCUUCCUACCCAGCACCACCAGUAGUCCCUUCAUGAGUGGCAUCAGACCCCACAGGACGGUGCGCUCCUCAGCCAGCUACACCCUGGGACUGUCUCCCAACAUGGGGCUGAGACCCAACGGCCCUGACCCCUUUCUGAGACACUCAGGCUGCCCUAAUGCUCCCUUCCCCGGGCAGGACAGCCCCUCCCAGCUCCGGCCUUCCCCCACCGGCUCCCUGGCCUACAGCCCCCCAGGCACAUGUUCCCCUGCCUUCAGACCCCCUCAGCACCCACAGAGGCCGCCACCAGACCCCCCCAAGGUGACCCAUAAACAGUUUAAGGCUGCCCUGAACAUGGUGGUGGACAAGGGAGACCCUCGGUCGUACCUGGAGAACUUUGUGAAGAUUGGAGAAGGGUCCACAGGGGUGGUGUGUAUCGCUCGGGAGAAACACAGCGGCAGGCAGGUGGCCGUGAAGAUGAUGGACCUGCGGAGACAACAACGUAGAGAGCUGCUUUUCAAUGAGGUGGUGAUAAUGAGGGACUACCAGCACAGGAACGUGGUGGAGAUGUUUAAAAGUGCCAUGGUAGAGGAGGAGCUCUGGGUCAUUAUGGAGUACCUACAGGGUGGAGCACUAACCAACAUCGUGUCUGAGACCAGGCUGAGUGAGGAGCAGAUAGCCACAGUCUGUGAGGCUGUGCUGCAAGCCCUGGCCUACCUUCACUCCCAGGGGGUUAUCCACAGAGACAUCAAGAGUGACUCUAUACUGCUAACACUGGAUGGGAGGAUCAAGCUGUCCGACUUUGGGUUCUGUGCUCAGAUCAGUAAAGACAUCCCUAAAAGGAAGUCUUUAGUGGGAACACCCUACUGGAUGGCUCCGGAGGUCAUCUCUAAAUCACCAUACAGCACUGAGGUAGAUGUGUGGUCUCUGGGUAUCAUGGUAGUUGAGAUGGUGGAUGGAGAGCCCCCCUACUUCAGUGAGACCCCUGUUGCAGCCAUGAGAAGACUGAGGGAUGAGCCAGCUCCCACUGUACGGAACACAACACAGGUCUCCCCGGUGUUGAAGGACUUCCUGGACCGUAUGUUGAUCCGAGACCCAGUGGAGCGGGCCAGCGCCACAGACCUGCUAGAACACCCCUUCCUCCUACAGAGCGGCUCCCCGCAGUGCCUGGUGCCCCUGGUGGAACAGUACCGCAAGCGCAUGUCCCGCUGCUGAUUUCCCCCCCCCCCUUGAUG